CUGAACUUAGUUUGCUCAUGGCGACUAACCAGUGCAAUUGCCAGUUGUGUUUAAGAAGCGAUAAUGAGCGCAUUGAAAAAUAAACUUGUAACGAGAUUGAUUCUUGUUUGUUUGCUGGUCAGCUUGGACUCCUGUUGGGCAAAACACUCAAACCGCACCUUCACUAUAGACCAUGAAGCUAAUACUUUUUUAAUGGAUGGCAAACCGUUUCGUUAUGUCUCAGGGUCGUUUCACUAUUUUCGCGCUUUGCCACAGGUAUGGGAAGAACGCUUAAAAACAAUGCAGGCGGCAGGCUUAAAUGCCAUAGAUACCUAUAUUGAAUGGUCACUGCAUAAUCCCCGUGACGGAGUCUACAAUUGGGAAGGCAUUGCAGAUAUCGAGCGCUUUUUAGAGUUAGCACAGAACGCUGGUUUCUAUGUCAUUCUACGACCAGGACCUUAUAUCUGCGCGGAACGUGAUAAUGGCGGCUUACCGCACUGGCUUUUUACAAAGUACCCUGGAAUAAAGAUGCGUACCAGUGACCCUAACUACCAGUUAGAGGUAAGCAAAUGGUAUGCCCAACUUAUGCCUCGGAUGCAAAAGUUCUUCUAUGGCAAUGGUGGCCCGAUCAUAACGGUGCAGGUAGAAAAUGAAUACGGCGCCUUUUAUGCUUGCGAUACCAAACAUUUGAUUUGGCUGAGAGAUCAGACGGAGAAAUAUGUCAAAGGCAAAGCUGUGCUCUUCACAACUGACCAACCCAAUGACGGUUUAAAGUGUGGAAAGAUUGAAGGAGUAUACGCGACCAUCGACUUCGGAAUAGGUUCAAACUUUGAUGACCAAUGGAAAGCAAUGCGUAGUGUCCAACCUACCGGACCAUUAGUAAACUCAGAGUUCUAUCCCGGUUGGUUAACCCACUGGGAAGAGGAAAACCAACGCCGAAAUGCCAAUGAGGUCGCGAAUUCAUUGAGUCGCUUGCAGUUAUUGGUAGAGAAUCAAGGACGCAUCAAUUAUGAGACGCUAAAUGAUACAAAAGGUAUUUUGGGCGCGAUAACAGUGGAGCAUUUGAAUGGCGAAAAGCAGGAGCUCAAAGAUUGGGUGACAACAUCUUUCCCAUUGGAGAGUGAACAAAUUACAACAUUAGUAAAUGCAUACAAGCACCAAAUGAUAACCGAAUUAGCGUCAAAGAGCAAUGUUCUACGUAAUGGACCCGUGGUAUAUUACGGCGAAUUCGAAGUGGAAAAACUGGGCGACACUUAUUUAAACCCCCUUGGUUGGGGCAAAGGCGUGGCUUAUAUCAACGGUUUUAAUUUGGGACGCUAUUGGCCAUUAGUCGGCCCUCAGUUGACGCUAUAUCUGCCUAAGGAUUUACUGCGAAUCGGAGGAAAUACAUUGGUUCUUUUGGAAUACCAGAAAGCUAAUUUAAAUAGGGAGAGUGGAGAAUAUCAAUUAGGCAGUCGCUUGCAGUUAUUGGUAGAGAAUCAAGGACGCAUCAAUUAUGAGACGCUAAAUGAUACAAAAGGUAUUUUGGGCGCGAUAACAGUGGAGCAUUUGAAUGGCGAAAAGCAGGAGCUCAAAGAUUGGGUGACAACAUCUUUCCCAUUGGAGAGUGAACAAAUUACAACAUUAGUAAAUGCAUACAAGCACCAAAUGAUAACCGAAUUAGCGUCAAAGAGCAAUGUUCUACGUAAUGGACCCGUGGUAUAUUACGGCGAAUUCGAAGUGGAAAAACUGGGCGACACUUAUUUAAACCCCCUUGGUUGGGGCAAAGGCGUGGCUUAUAUCAACGGUUUUAAUUUGGGACGCUAUUGGCCAUUAGUCGGCCCUCAGUUGACGCUAUAUCUGCCUAAGGAUUUACUGCGAAUCGGAGGAAAUACAUUGGUUCUUUUGGAAUACCAGAAAGCUAAUUUAAAUAGGGAGAGUGGAGAAUAUCAAGUGACGCUGGACGAUAGGCCGCAAUUGGACGGCUGAGAGUUUUGGAGGUGUAAAAAGUGAUUCGAUGUUAUUUCAAUCGUUGUUGAACAUUCAAAUCCUUUGUCUGUUUAGAAAUUUAUAUUUCAUUAAAGUAACAAAUAAAAAGCUUUAAUAUUUAUUCGUGGUCAAUUUGUUUGAAAU